UUGCCACAAGGGACUUCUAACACCACAUGGAUGGUGUUAAACAGUACUAAUGUGCUGGGAGCUCGACCAAAAACCAUGAGCUCCUCUUUUCACAUUUUACCUGUACCUGUGAAGAAGAAAGAGAACCUGAACAGAGGUCGUUCGUUGAAUUGCAAUGCAAAGAAGCGAAAAACAUCCAUGUGAAUGCCAAUGGCAAUAGAGACUGUAAUGAAUUCAGCAUGGAUAUCAUAAAAAGUGUGAUGAUCAUGUCCAUGUUAAGUAGUGGAAUUUACUCACAAACCAGCUGCCCUGCAUUUGUACAGACCUACCAGUCUCCUGCAUUGCCUGUCUUCUACAGUAACCAGUCUUUAACACUCUGCUGUUGGUUCAUACCUCCCCCUUGCACCAUUGAUAAAGUGUAUUUCUACUGGUUUAAAGGCCGUGAAAGGCUAAAGAAUGACGGUGGCCAGCGGGUUGAAAUGUGGCAGCACAAUGGGUUCAGCUUUCUACACAUUCGGCAGCUCUACCCCAAAGACAGUGACAUCUACACCUGCAGUAUAACAAUAAUGCUGACCUCCCAUCUGAUGGUGGUUGGAAAAGGAAACAGCACCCACAUAAAGGUGAUUGAUGGAAUACAAGCAAAGAAUAUGACACAACUGCAUCCAAAUCACAAUUCAUUAUCAAGAUCCUGGCUGCAUCACAUCUAUGUUAGCCUGUCAGUGGUAACUGCGAGCAUUAUAAUUCUGUGUUUUGGGAUGUGGUUCAUCAUAAGAAACAGAGAAAAGAAAAGGAAGAAAUCAAAAGGAGCUGCAGAGAAUAAAAGGGAUCAGGAAUUGGAGUCUGAAUCAAUUGAAUAUGCCAUGCUGCAGUUUGGAGACACAAAUAAUGAUGUUCCAGUGCUGAAACAUGUUACUACAUCACAAGAUUUUGCACUUUAAAGUAACAUAGUAGUGGGGUACAAAUAAUUAGUGUUACAAAUUAAAAACCUUCAAAUCUGGAAGGACCACACCAAAAAUAAAUAACUGUUCUGUCAGUUACACAGUCAUUAAACUUGUAAUCUGCUUGUAACUAUGUACACAAAAGACAAUUUAUUAUGCAGUUCAUGAAAACAUAUUUAAAACCUAGAGAUAUGUGUGUGUAAAACUCAAUAUACAAACUCACAAGUGACAC